CCACAGCGCUGGAGAGAGAGCAUAGUGGGAGAGAGAAAGGGGGAGGGACAGAGACAGCAAUCAGUGUGACAGAUAAGAGCGGCGGAUGAGUUGUCUCUCUCUGAAUGCACCGUGAGCAAGAGAGCAAGUAAGUGCACAAGGGUGCCAGCCAAAGCAGCUCUCCACACACACACAAAUACACACACACACACACACAGACUCCACAGCCUGGCACAGACAGGUAGCGUGUGAGGAGAAAAGAGUCUCACAACCAAGUUUCCAGGUGGGUCGUCAGAGGAUUCCCAAGCCGUGUCUACAACAGUGUAAUGGGUUGUCCAGACCGGAGGCUUUUCCUCUGAUCCUGCAAAGAGGUUGGCGUAUUCCUACAACGAGAACUAGUCCUCACAUUGAGCGACCCUGGGCAUGGAGAAGCUGACGGAGAAAGACAAGGAGCUGAUCCGAGUCAGCUGGGAGAGUCUUGGCAAGAACAAAGUUCCACACGGAGUCAUCAUGUUCUCCAGACUGUUUGAACUAGAGCCUGCACUCCUCAAUCUAUUCCACUACAACACAAACUGUGGCACCCCAGAAGACUGCCUCUCCAGCCCUGAGUUCCUGGACCAUGUCACAAAGGUAAUGCUGGUGAUUGAUGCAGCAGUCAGUCACCUGGACAACCUCCAUACCUUGGAGGAUUUUCUGCUCAACCUGGGGAAGAAGCACCAGGCAGUCGGGGUUAACACCCAGUCCUUCGUUGUGGUGGGGGAGUCCCUUCUCUACAUGUUGCAGUGUAGUCUGGGUCAGGGGUACACAGCCCCGCUGCGUCAGGCCUGGCUCAACAUGUACACCAUCGUAGUGGCAGCCAUGAGCAGAGGGUGGGCCAAGAAUGGGGAACACAAGACUGACUGAAACAUACGCUGGGGUCUGCUACCAGUUGCUGUCUAAUCCCCUACAUGGUUGCUAUGGAGUAAGGUUGUAUAACUCACAGCAUAAAGGGUUGAUUGCUGUAUAUGGUGAACGAAUGGUGUUAUCACACUUGACACAACAAAUAAUGGUUGAAUCACCUGAUGUUCACAGAGUUAACUGUUUUUGCUAUGGAUGUUGUAGCUGCCAGAGAGUGCUGCUAUAACGUUGUGGGGAUGUUAUGGGUCAACCAUCUUUGGACAUGCUCUAAGUCUGCAGCUUGAGGAAGCAUAGGGUUAAAUUAAUGUAAUAACUGAAAUUGCUUUGUAAAUAAUGGCUUGAUGUAUCUACUCAAAUAAUAACAAUGAUUGUGGUGGUUUUCGUGAUGUAUCUUAAAGAGUCAUACAAUUGUCAAACACUGGCUGUAUUGGCUGUAUUACUUGGCAUUACUAUCCCUACUGUGAUCAUUACUGUAGCCGGAAUGGGAAGCUAUGAUAUGGGCCCUCUCCCAAAUCAAACCAGUGAUAUAGAAACAUUGAUCACAAAAGUACAAGAUUAUUGUAUAGAGUGAUUAUCACGAUUCUAUCUCUAUAUCUUUGAGUUAGGUUAGGGAUCUGAUAAUGGCACAUACUAGUGCUCUCCUUUCUUUGUGUGUGUCCAUGACCUGGAGUGUAACAACCCUUAGAGGUGAACUUAAUUCUUAAAGCCAUUGAUAUUAUUAACAAACAAAUAACUUUUGACGAUGGUAAAUAGAAAAUGACAAGAACUGUUAAUGUAUUCUAAAGCUUUUCUAUGUGAUCUCUAUGACUGUUAGGGUGUCCAUGUGCACCUUUGUCUGAAAUGUGUAUAUGGCACUCUCCUCUCCUAUCAUAAUAUUUCAAUAGGCUUCAACUGACUGUUACUUACUCUAAAAUAAACGGUUAUUCUCUUCUCUUGAGUUCUAGCUAAUUGAUGUAAUGGAACUCAACAGUAGAUUAUUUGCUUGAAGGUCUUUGGGCUUGACUUAGCUUAGGCUCAAUCAGUUUUCACUAAUUGUAAAUGUAAAGUGGUGUGGGACCACAUACUGUAUCUAUAUAUUGUAAAUACUGCUAUCAUAUGUUGUAAACAGGCCACAAAUACAUUAGUAGGCUACUUUGGCUUUUUGGACCCAGUAGGUAAUUGACAAAGCCAGGAUUUAUUAAUACAUUUUUUCUUCCCUAUUCUGCUCAUAGUACUGCAAAGUUAAGUGCUUUUGGAGCUUGGAGUAUCUUUCUGUGGACAACCCUAAAGCAUUUAUUGAUAAACAAGUUUCACUACAUCCUACCUGAAAUAGUAAGCGAUGAUAGUUACAGAUUAUAGUUAGAGAUGAUAGAGAUGAUAGUUAGAGAUGUGUACAUCCUUUUUGCUGCUAUGAACACAUUUACCUAUAUGUUUCUAUACAGUGUGCAUCAGUUGUUAUCUACCUGUACAUUGAAAGUCACAAUGCCAAAUUAGCUAUAAUACACCAAGUAUUUGAUAAUAACACUACACUACUGUAUAUCCAAGCUGCUGAUAUGUGGUGAAUAUUGCUUUAGUCUGAGAUUACUUUUAUAAAAUGUAUUUUUGUAUUUUCAAGUGUUUUACGUAUGUGAAUGACUAUAUACCAUUGCAAACACCGUUUUUUCAAACCUGUUACAUUACCCACAACAUAUAUGUAAAAUCCAUGUAUUUUCCUUUUGAUUUGCAGCACAAGGCUCUUGGGCAUUUUAAGUCUUGAUGAAUGAUAUUUUAUCCUUACAGCACACAUUGAGUGGUUGUUAUAUCUUAAGUCAUGAUAAAUGUAAGAGAGACAUUUCUCCUCAAUCAGUAUAAUUGCCAUAUGGAUGUCUGUUGGCAUUGAAUACACAACCACCACAUUACCAUUUCUAAAGGAGAUCUCACUUUAUCUUUCCUUUCAAUCACCUGUGAGCAUUCUUUUCAGGCCAUGGCAGCACUACUCUAAUUCAGAUGUGUUCCUCUCUCCCACUUUCCAACUAGGAUAAUGAGUUUCCCUUACCAGAUUAACCCUUCUCCUAAAUCAAAAAGCAUUAUCAAUAGAGAAUCUACAUUGAAAGUGCUUUUUAGUUCAGGAAUAAGCUUAAUCUGAGUCUAGGAAACCAGACCUAUGAGUUUAACACAUUUUGUAAUAUAUCUAUACAUGGCACUAUACAGAUUGUUGUGGGUAAUGUCUCUAUUUUCAAUGAUCUGAGAGUAGGCCUAUUUAGUGUGUAUGUGUGAAUUGCAUUGGUACAUUUAAAUAACAUGAUAUUCUGUUUAUGAGUGUCUCAAUGUCUACCUCAUCAACUCAGCUGCUAUUGAACAGUGAUGAUUUCACCUAUAACUAUCCUUUAACCAAAAACAUGUGACACUUAAUGCAAAUACAUACUCUCUCAACCAAACAGCUCGUAAAAUGGACCCCAUCCUACACUUAUGUAAUGUGUUGUGUGCUUACUCAAUUAAUACUAAAUAAAGGUGAUCUUCUGUGGACAUACUACUG